AUGGAGGAAAAGAAAGGUGGUAGAACUCCUAUUUUCUCUGCUGUUAAAGAUUUUCAAGAUUGUGUUGAUUAUUGUGGCCUUCUUCAAGCUCCAAAAUCUGGUUUAGAUUUUUCUUGGUGUAAUGGUAGAGUUGGGAGAAAGAGGAUUUUGUGUAAUUUAGAUAGAGCAUUAUAUAACUUGAAAUGGUUGGAUAAAUUCAGUGGCUGGCAUUACCAGGUGGGGGCUAGGGGAAUAUCUGAUCAUGGCCCUAUAAUUGAUUCUAAUAUUGUCCUUCCCAAAGCUCCUAAUCCACCUUUUAGAUUUCAAAACAUGUGUUGUACUUAUCCUAAUUUUCUUCAAGUGGUGGCUGACUCUUGGAAUGAAGAAAUUAUUGGUAAUCCCAUUUAUAUUUUCAUGAACAAGCUUAAGAGACUUAAAAAGUUUCUUAAAGUGUGGAAUUGGGAGGUCUUUGGUGAUGUGAGAAUUAAACUUAAAAAAGCAGAAGACAAAGUUAUGGAGGAAACUCUUAAAUCUGACAAUGAUCCUUCUAAUGUUGAUCUUUUAAAUAAUUCGGUGACUGCUAGAGGGGAAUAUGAGAUGGCUGCUAAUAACUAUAAUUCUCUUCUAAGGGAUAAAGCAAGAAUGAACUGGAUUAAGGAUGGAGAUAUUAAUACUAAAUUUUUUCAUACUAGCAUCAAAUUAAGACAAGUUCAUAAUGUUAUAACUGAACUUGAAAAUUCUUCUGGCCAUAUUAUUACUGACCAACAAGGUAUCUCAAAUGUGCUAAUUGACUAUUUUAGUCAAAAAUUUGGUCAUCAGGAUGUUCUCAUAAAUGACUCUUUAAAAAGAAAGAAAACUCCUUCUUAG